AUGCAGCUCCCCAACACCAGCAGCACUCAUGCAGCCCCACAUAAGGACACUACCCCCUCCAUGUUUCACUGUGGGCACCAUGCACUUUUCUUUGUAUUCCUCACCCUUGCGACGCCAGACAGUGUUGAAGCCAUCGGUUCCAAAAAGAUUGAUUUUGGUCUCAUCACUCCACAGUAUAGAGUCCCACUCACUGGGGUCUGUCUGCAGCUGAUCUGCCAAUCCAGCAGUCACAUCUUGGACUCAUUUCAGGUUGUCAAGAGAGCAAGGAUGCCGUUUGUCUUUUUUCUGUUGUUUUUUGGGGUGUUCAUGGAUCUGGGCGCAUGUACUGCAGUGCAAUCGGAGCUGAGAAUCACCACAAUCAAGCAAGAGCCGUAUACCAUGUCCAAAGGCAAUCAACUGGAAGGCUUUUGCAUGGACCUUCUAUCUGAGGUAGCCCAGAAAGUGGGCUUCAAGUACAAUGUGCAGCUGGUGAAAGAUGUUUCAUACGGAAGACAGGACGAGAAUGGAAACUGGAAUGGGAUGAUUGGCGAGGUGGUGAGAGGGGAGGCAGACCUUGCAAUUGCUCCUCUUACUCUCACGGCUGCCCGGGAAAAGGCUGUAGGCAUGACCAAACCCUUUAUGCAGACAGGGAUCAGCAUCCUGCUGAGGAAGGACAUCUCAGAGGGAGCAGGCUUCUUUGAUUUCCUCACUCCCUUCACAUCAGAAACCUGGGUUGGCAUACUCAUUGCCUACCUGGGGACUGCUGCAUGCAUCUUUAUUGUUGCCAGACUCAGCCCAAGCGAGUGGAAUCAUCCUCAGAGUGAGAAAAACAGAUUCAGUUUCCUUCACAGUCUGUGGUACACAGCAGGAGCACUGACUCUACAAGGUGCUGAUCCUCAUCCUAAAGCUAUUUCUGGACGUGUCAUCUGCAGCAGUUGGUGGGUAUUUUCCAUAGUCCUCCUGGCUUGUUACUUCUCCAAUCUCAGCUCAAGUAAGACCCCCGAGUCCAGUCACCUGAUACUGAAAGGGUUUGAGGACCUGGCCAGUCAGGACUUCAUUGAGUAUGGCUGCCUGGCUGGCUCGUCCACCCUCGCUUUCUUCAAGAAUUCAAACGACCCAGUGUACCGCAGAAUCUACGAACACAUGGAGAGAACCAAGAGUUUUGUGUCAUCUGUGGACGAGGGAGUCAAGCGUGCAAAAGAGGGGAACUUUGCCUUUAUCGGAGAGUCUGUGUCUCUGGACUUGGCAGUGGCACGUCACUGUGAGCUGGUCAGAGUGCAUGAAGUCAUCGGCAUGAGGGGAUACAGUAUCGCUGCGCCCCUCGGUUCUCCCAUUAUAAAGAACCUCAGUGUGGCAAUCCUUCAACUGAGCGAGGCAGGUGAGCUGGCGUACCUGCGAAGCAAGUGGUGGGCCAGCAGCUGCAUAGCACACAAAGGCAAGUCGUCAGCCGUGCAGCCACACAGCCUCAAAGGGAUGUUCCUCAUCCUCUCUCUCGGCCUGGGCCUGGGGACACUUCUGUCCGUCCUGGAGCUCGCCUUCAAGAGUCGAAGAAGUGCAGCAGAGCAGAGGAAGUCUUGCUGCGCCGUGAUGACCGAGGAGCUGAGUCUGCGCUUCAAGAACAACAAGCCAAAUAAAUCCCAGGAAAAUGUAGACAAAGAAAAAGCAUAGAUUUAAAACAAACACAAAACAUUAACAAGUAGGGUCUGUUUCUUUGAAAUGCUAGUUAUUUUUGGUUCCAAUAUUUAACAAAAAAACAUAUCUUCAUAAAGUUUGAACCUUUGAACUUCCCUCUUACUCAAUAAAAAAAAUACUACAUUUAAAGCUUGAAAUCUCACAUUUUAUUAAAAUAUAUAUAAAUUAUUGCUUUUUACAUAUGAACUCUAGUAUUUCAUGUUAAAAUAACAAAUUAGAUUGUAUUAAAAAAAAAAGAAGAUACUUCACCCAGGGUUUUACUUAUAAACUGAAAAUGUGACUAACAAAUAAAAAUAUCUGCUCCUAAUUUCACUAUUUACAGCUCUUUUUUUUUGUACAAUUGGCAGCAGUAGCAUGGAUUUCAGCAAUAUCUUUUAAAAAUGGUUUCAAACAUAGAAAUGCAAUGAUUGUAAACAUUCCCUCUGGA